ACGCCUUCCGCUCCUUUGCCCCUUCCUGCUACCUGCGUUGAGGGUCCUGCAUCGCCUGGGGCUUACUUAACCGGCCCUGGAGGCCAACUCGUUUCUGCGAGUGGUGCCGGCAGCGAAGCGGCCAAACGUGAAUGGGACCGUCUCUGCCUUGACUACCAGCGCGAGAAGGAAGCCGCCAGAAAUGCUCUGCUCACAAGACCACCAACCGCUGACCCCUACGCGAUGCCACUUUCUUCUUCCUCUUCUUCUUCUUCCUCUUCUUCAUCUUCUUGUCCGCCGGGCUCUGAGUUUCUGCAGGCCCCUUCUUCUCUCUCCACUUACGUCUCUCUUCCCAGUGCCUCCUUGCCUCUCUCGGCUUCACCCCUCGGUCUCGAGUCCUCUGGCAUCUACACAACUCCUCUGGGCGGCGGAUUGAGUCCUCGUGGACUGAAUGAGACGUCUGGCCUGGCUGAAUCUGUUUCGCUGCCAUCGCAACAACAACACCUCUUGCCUUCGACGUCAUCAGCGCACUCUGGAACGGUCUCACUUUCGCCUGAUCUCUUGCCUCCUUCCGCGGUUGCUGAGCGUCCCCUCGUGAUGUCUGUGCCGCCCAACAAUAGCGAAGUCGACUCUUCUCGUAGAAUGGUCUCUUCCGUGGCAGCGCCUGGUCUUGCUUCUGCUGGAGUUGCUGGAGUGACUGUUGCCAACUCUUCUUGUAUUGGGAGCGGACUCAAACGACCCUACGACCAGGCUUUGCCUAUCGACUCGACAGCAUGGCUCGGCCCAUCUGAAAUGAGCUUGGGCUUAAAUGGUGCUUGCUUUUUACAUUCCUCCUCAGGGCAACCGGGAGUUCUCCAGAUGACGCCUCCCUUGCCGACAGCACCGCCAUGUUCGUCACUGCCUAUGCCGCUGCCACUGCAACUGCAACUUCCACUGUCACUGCCACCGGUUCCGGCGACGACCUAUACGAUGCUUCCCACUGCGUCAUCUGCUGCCUCUGUACUCUCGACUCCCUCACUUUUGCCUAUGGCAACGGUUGCUGGCGUUCAGUCUACCGUGGCAAUGACGAUGGCUGCCGCAGUUUCAGGUUCAUUGAAUGAAGGGCAACAAACAGCGCCGCCUCGUGGGAAGGCGACAAAAAAGAGGAAAGCUGCAUCCGCAAGUGCCAACAAGUCGAGUUCUGGCACGAGCAAAAGUCGCGCUUCUGCCUGUGGAAAUAACAACCCUUCCCUGUCCGGAGAACCACUUCCACCGACUGUCCUUGAUCGGCUUCAGAGCCCAUCGGUCGUUGGGCCAGCUCCAACACAAAUGGGUCUCGGAUCUGCAACUGCCUCGGGCAUUUUGCAGCUUCGAGGGAAACAGCAGAUGCCUUUGUCUGGGCAGCCAGCUUACUCAACUGCAAGUCAAUUCCCUUCUGAUGCACACUCGAACUCAGCUGUCCCGAGCACUUGUCAUCCGCAGACCUGGAACACAGUUCGGUCGCAUGUUGACUUUGCUGUAAGUUCUUAG